UUGAACUAGUGCAUUCUGCUUGAGAAGACCCCGCCUUCACCAUGUUGGGGCUGUAUUAUGAGCGGAUACGAGUUUGACAAUCCUAAACUUCCCCUUUGCGCGAACGACAACAUUAAAAUGAAGUAUAUGGGUGAACAAGAUAUUAAAUUGCCUUCGGUUCCUAGUGGAAAUUCAAAAAACGAUGCAAAACUCACACUUGGACAAAAAAUCGACUACAGAAGAGAACUGAUUCUACGGCGGCGUCACAUCGUAGAUACUGAGUUUACCCUCGCCAUGAUUGGGAUUAUCCUUAUGGUGGUAGAGACAGAAUUAUUUAUAACCUACGGCAUGGAGAAAGUUAGCAUUGACUCGAUUACACUUAAAAGCAUCAUAUCUGCAACUACGGUUGUUUUACUCAUUUGUAUCUGCUUAAAUUAUUACACCGGAGCAAAAAUAAAGAUGUUAGAUGCAGGUUUGAAAGAAUGGCACAUGGCAAUGUCGACAUGGCAUUGGUUUGGUUUGGCUCUAGAGCUACUUAUCUGCAGCAUCCAUCCGUUUCCAGGUGACGUCCGACUGCCAUACCUUUCUCCAGACGGUGUUGGUCAUACAGUUAGUCUCGAUGCUGUGUUGUCCAUCGUCAUGGUGGCGCGUCUUUACUUGGUCGCCAAAUUCGCUGUUGUCCAUAGUGUGUUACUCACCGAUACAUCCAUAUACAGUAUCGGAGCUCUUAGUAAAGUAAAAAUCAACACCCUAUUCGUUUUUCGAGCUGCAAUGAGAAACAGACCAGGACAACUUUUACUAUUGGUCAUGAUAUCAACGUUCGUGGUAAAUACAUGGGCAAUGAGAGCAUGUGAGCUGUAUUAUGAAAGAAGGAACUAUAAUAAAAAUUCAUAUAUUGAGUCCAUGUGGUUGAUCGCCAUAACUUUUCUUACUGUGGGUUAUGGUGACAGGACACCCCAAAGUUAUUGUGGAAGAUAUAUUUCCAUAGUGACAGGCGCCAUGGGCGUGAUAACAACCGCCCUUUUGGUCGCGAUUAUAGCAAGAUAUCUUCAACAAACGAGAUCCGAGAAAUACGUCUUCAACUUCGUUUCACGCUUGCAGAUCGUAUACAGGAAGAAGACCGCUGCCGCAAACGCCAUUAAGGCUGUUCUAAGACUCCAAAUUUUGAGGCGAUAUGGAGACGAAUAUAAAGGAGAAAUACGGAAAUACGAGGAUAAACUGAAGAAGGCUCUCCAGGAAAUUAAGAGUGCGAAAGAAGACAUGGACCACAUAGGGGAUGAUGCUGUUGGGAUUCUAGAUGUUGCACACAGCGUGGAUAAAAUCGUGACUGAGCUGGAUAGAAAAUUUGCAGAAGACAAAGCGAAUCGUGAGCGUAUACAGAUUAUUGAUCAUAGAUUGGAUUCCAUUGAAACGAAGUUGAAUAGCUUGUGUGAUAUGAUGUCACAAAUGUCCAAAUAACCAUUUUGUCUCCUCAAAAAAGAGUCUCAGUAUUAAUUUGCAGAUCAGGAGGAUUUAGAGGCCAUUUCAUGACCACAUGCAGGGGAUAGUAACAUACUAUGUAACAUACUAUGCUUGUUUUUACGU